AUUUAAUAAGUCACACGACUCAAUAUUUUAAACAAAAGGCGACCACUACAAGAAAAUUAUUUGAAAAAGUAAACCAAAGCCCACCAACACAACAUGCAGCCCAGCAAAUAUGUGGGCCUUGUGGCCGACUUGAUGCCCAACAUUCGUCUUAUGAAAUACUCGGGCUUAUUUAUGCACAAUUUCACCGGCGGUUCAGGGCUCUUCAAGAAGAUUUACUCGUCCGUACACUUGGUGUUGGUUCUGGUGCAAUUUCUGUUGAUACUGGUGAAUUUGGCGUUGAAUGCGGAGGAGGUGAAUGAGUUAUCCGGCAACACGAUUACGGUGCUCUUCUUCACACAUAGCAUAACGAAAUUCAUCUAUCUGGCCGUGAGUCAGAAGAACUUCUACAGAACAUUGAAUAUCUGGAAUCAGGUAAAUUCUCAUCCAUUGUUCGCCGAGUCGGACGCACGCUACCAUGGGAUCGCCCUCGCCAAGAUGCGCAAACUAUUCACCUUGGUGAUGCUGACGACCGUCGCCUCGGCUGUGGCUUGGACCACCAUCACCUUCUUUGGCGAGAGUGUGAAGUUCGCCUUCGAGAAGGAGACCAAUUCGACCAUCACCGUAGAAAUCCCGCGUUUACCCAUCAAGUCGUUCUAUCCGUGGAAUGCCGGCGCGGGCAUGUUUUAUAUUAUAAGCUUCGCUUUUCAGUGCUACUAUCUGCUUUUCUCCAUGGUGCAUGCGAACUUGUGUGAUGUACUUUUUUGCUCAUGGCUGAUUUUCGCCUGCGAACAGCUGCAACAUCUAAAAGGCAUUAUGAAGCCAUUAAUGGAGCUGUCAGCCUCGCUGGACACCUAUCGGCCAAAUUCGGCGGCACUCUUUCGUUCAUUAUCCGCCAAUUCGAAGUCGGAAUUAAUCAACAAUGAGGAGAAGGAACCCACUGAUCUGGACAUCAGCGGCGUCUAUAGCUCGAAAGCCGAUUGGGGUGCACAAUUUCGUGCGCCAUCGACUUUGCAAACCUUCAAUGGCAUGAACGGUACAAACCCGAAUGGUUUGACCAGAAAGCAGGAAAUGAUGGUGCGCAGCGCUAUAAAAUACUGGGUCGAGCGGCACAAGCACGUGGUGCGAUUAGUGGCAGCAAUUGGUGACACUUACGGCGGCGCUUUGUUGUUGCACAUGUUGACAUCCACCAUUAUGCUGACGUUGUUGGCAUACCAGGCAACCAAAAUCACCGGCGUGAAUGUGUACGCCUUCACAACCAUCGGCUACUUGGGUUAUGCCUUGGCGCAGGUAUUUCACUUCUGCAUAUUUGGCAACCGGCUCAUUGAAGAGAGCUCAUCCGUCAUGGAGGCAGCCUAUUCUUGCCACUGGUAUGAUGGCUCCGAGGAGGCCAAGACUUUUGUUCAGAUCGUUUGCCAGCAGUGUCAAAAGGCGAUGUCCAUAUCGGGAGCGAAGUUCUUCACUGUCUCGCUGGACUUGUUUGCAUCGGUUCUUGGCGCUGUUGUCACCUACUUCAUGGUGCUGGUGCAAUUGAAGUAGAAAAUACUUACAACAACAACGUCAAAAGCAAAUUUCUGCACCCAUAUAAUAAGAUUAUAAAUUUUUAUUAUGCCAACAACAACAAUAAACAACGCAAAAAGUACAUCAAACCCACCCAGUCGCAGCGCGUCAGAGGCAACAUUCGCUUGAAUUAUCAACAAAUUGGGCGCACCCUUCGGUUGUGUAAUAUUUACAAUAACAACUAUAAAAACAUGAAGCAGUAAAAAUAAUGGAGAAAUUUGGCAACGUUAACUUUUGCCUUGCAGAAAAUUUGCUUUUAAAGGAAUUAAAGCAGAUCCUAUGUCAAAGUACAGAUUACAAAAACAUUACGUAUACUGACGGGCAAAAUUGUAGCAUUAGAAACGGCUUAUUUUUUUUGAAUGAUCACCGGUUUCGAAAUAAUUAUUUUUUCUUGUAGAAUUUUAAAAAUAUUAAUUUUAAUAAAAAAAAACACAGCAAAUAUUUAUAAAUGCACAUUAGGAUGCAUCCCUUAUUAUCCCAGUUGAUUUUUUUAGCUAA